AACUGCUUGGAGAUACAUAUCAAAUCCCAAAUAUCUUGCUCGGCUCAAUCUCCCGGUCCCGAAGUAACUGCCUGGAGAUACACAUCGGAUCCCGGAUAUUUUGCCUGACAUCUUGAUUGGCAUGACGCGUGGAUUCUUCAUCGGAAUAUAUAAAUACCCCUUAAGGGCAACGCCAAAAGGUAAUUGAAACCAACCCUAAGCUCCUGGUAUCUCCGCUUCAAAGGUAACCCCGAUUAUUGCUGAUUUAAGUAUCGGAGUGUCUACCCCGAGGAUCCACCUCGGGGCUUUGCAAGUCAAUCUAGAGUGCAGAUACAGACUGAAGAAGGGCUUCCGGUUUGAUGCAGUUACAUUUUGGCGCCGUCUGUGGGAAACUGAACUAAAGGCUCUUUUGUUGCUCUUACCAUGGUUAAAACUAGGUCAGCCCGAGGUGGAAACUUGUCUCAGCCUCUUGGACGAGGUCAGAUCCCCAGCAACCUUCCACCUCAUCCUCCACCCCCAAUCCCAAAUACAUUCCCUCCUGUUGACCAUGCAGAAGGAGAAGACGAAAAUCAACCACACAAUUCGGUUAGCAACUCAGCCUCUACUGCUAACCAAGACGUAGUCGCAACUCAGCUCGCUGCCAUGCAACAGCAGUUUGGUGUCUUUCAGCAAGUGCUGGCUCAGUUGUUAGCCCGGAACAAUCCUGGUGAUCCACUCAUCAAUCUACUUAAUCCUGACCCACCACAAAAUCCUGAACCAGUUCAACGUGCUCCCGUUGUUAGCGAAUCUCAAGGCCAAUCUCAUAUUGCACCAGUUCAGCAACCUCCUCGUGAUGAUGUUACUCGGCGUUUAGAUAGCUUAGAAAAGCUAGUGGUCGAACAGCGAGGUAUUCCACCUCCACACCCUGUUGCUGACUCUGUACCUCACCCUCUCAACACCAAUAUUAUAUUGGAACCCUACCUCGCUGGCUUCCGAAUACCACAGCUUGAAACUUAUGAUGGGACAAAGGACCCCGAUGAUCAUCUACAUGCUUUCUACUCUUACAUGCAGGCCCAGAACGCCUCUGAUGCGUUAAUUAGAAGGUUGAUCAGGAAAACCACUUCCGAGCUGAUGCGGGUUAAGCAGAGGGACGGAGAGUCUUUGAAGAAUUUUAUGAGCAGAUUCAAUGAUGCAGUGCUAGAGGUUAACUCUUUCGACCAAGCAGUGGGCAUUACAGCUGUGAUCUCGGGUCUCGGCCAUGAAAGAUUCAGAGAAAGUCUGCUCAAACAUCCCGCCACCACCUUCAGUGAAGUAAAUGAUAGAUCAUUGAAAUUCAUAACUGCUAAGGAAUAUGCCCUGUCGCAGAACGUCAUCCCUGUCAAGAAUCAACACCCAGACUGGCGAGAUGAGAAUCCGAACAGGAAACGGAUGAAGACAUCACAGAACCGAGGUCCGAUGUCGACCUCGAGAUUCGGAAGGCCGAACUCCGCACCUUCGCAACAACCUGCAGGUAAACCUCCAGUUAAUUGGACUCCUUUUAAUUUACCGAGGUCACAAAUUUUCAUGCAGAUUAAGAAUAAAAUGGACUUACGACGUCCGGGUCCAAUGAGAACUGCUGCUGCUACCAGAGACCAUACAAGGUAUUGUGAUUUUCAUCAAGAUCACGGUCAUACAACAGAGCAAUGCAAUAGUCUGAGGUUCGAACUGGAAAGCCUGGCGCAGAAAGGAAUGCUGAAUGAGUACAUCCAAAGAGUAGAACAGCCACGAUUUGUCAGGGAACAAGGGACGCAGCAUCAAGGAGUCCGCAAUCCCCCAAACAGGCAAGGUGUGGGAUAUCAGCAGGCCCCACCACCACUCCCACCACCAGCUAGAGUCAUACACAUGAUUACGGGAGGUCUGGAAGCAGGUGGACUGAGCUCUAAGCAGAGAAAGUUGUAUGUCAGAGAGCGAGUCCUUGUUGACACCGGGAGUGCACCAGACAUCAUGUACUUCCAUUGUUUUGAGAGUCUUGGGAUAGAUCCGGCUCUGUUGCAGCAGUAUGGUGGUCCCAUCUACGGGUUCAACAACCAACCAGUCCCAGUUGAAGGAGUCCUCACCAUGAAUGUUGCAUUUGGGAGUGGCCGAAGUUAUGUGACCCCUACAGUGAGGUUUUCAGUGGUCAAGAUGGCGUCCUCUUUCAACGUUGUCAUUGGCCGACCUACACUAACUGAGAUCCGAGCCGUGGUUUCCCAGUCUCAUCUAUGCAUGAAGUUCCCAACUCCUACGGGAAUAGCAACACUGCGAGGCAACCAGGAGGUGGCCAGGCAUUGCUAUAUCACCUCGGUAACACAACCUCAGAAGGACAAGGCUCAGACACCCGAGAUUAAUCCCAAACCACGUUAUGGGUGUUGAAAUAGUAGAUAACCGACCAGAAGAUGAAACCAGAGCUGCUCCAGUUGAAGAUGUGGAGGAGGUACAGAUUGAUGACAGAGAUCCGAGCAGGAAAACGCAAAUUGGGACUAAGUUGAACUCGGAAGAAAGAGCAGAGUUAAUAGCUUUUCUUCGGGCCAAUAACGAUGUUUUUGCAUG